UGCUCCGGUGUGGUUGGUAGCACUCGGCACGAGCGACUGACAGCCGCGCCGCCGCCCCAGGCUCGGGCCGCGGGGGCGAUGUCUCCCGCCGCCGCCUUCUCGGCUCUGCUACGCGGGCCGCCGGCGCAGCGGGGCAGGCGCCUCCUCGUCGCCGCAGCGCGAGCGCACAGCACAGCCGGCGGGAGCCGCGCGCGCGGCGGGCUUCCCCGUUUCCACGCCCCGACACUACCCUCGUCGAAGGGUGAAGUGGUUCGAAUCCAAGGAGACGAAUUUUGGCACAUGGCAAGAGUUUUGCGCCUUGGCGUAAAUGACAGGGUUGAACUAUUUGAUGGAGUGGGUGGUUUGGUUGAAGGAUCGAUACAAACAGUUGACAAAGGUGGUUCAGAUGUGGAGUUGCUUGAGGAUUCUAGACUCAUUGCUCCUCAAGGCAUUCAAUGGCAUGUUUAUGCCGCAUUUGGGACACUGAAAGGUGGACGCGCAGAUUGGCUUGUAGAGAAAUGUACUGAACUUGGAGCUUGUAGCGUUACACCUCUUCUGACAGAACGAUGCCAUACAAUAACAGAAAAUAGAGUUGACAGAUUACAAAGGCUUGUGCUAGCUGCAGUUAAACAAUGCCAGAGAAUACAUGGAAUGUUGCUGAAUCCCCCAAUUCAGAUAACUGACCUUCAGCCUGCUGUGUCACAGUCAAAGCUUGCUUUCUUAGCUUCAGCGGAAUCACCUCCUGUUUUAAGCAUUCUGCCGAAGUCCUGCAAUGAAGAGAGAGGACUUCUGAUUGUUGGACCUGAAGGAGACUUCACGGAAAAGGAGGUAAACGUUUUGAAAUCAGCAGGCGCUGUUCCUGUAGGUCUUGGCCCAUGCAGAUUGCGAGUUGAGACGGCCACAGUUGCGCUGCUAUCUGCGCUGAUGCUAUGGUCAGAUGCUCAUCGCCAGGAAAUACUGAAAUGCAGCUAGUCAAAUGCAGAGCUGGCUGUCACCCAUGUGCUAGUUUAUACACUCAUUGUGUCAAACUUUUGAGGUGAUAGCCUCUUAAACAUAACCUUUAGGUGAUCCUUUUUUUCUUUGCCUUGAGAUGUUAUUCAAAACCUAGUUGGGCUUAUCAAGGAGCAAAAUCAUGGAGAGAAUCGUCCCACUGGAUCUAAGUGAGCAUCUCUGUAACAGCAUGACCAUGAUGGGCUGGUCAGUGGCACUAACAAAAUCAGCCAAAACGCUGUGGAAAUAAACUAGGGGCCAAUUUGUUGAUACUAUAGUUCACAGUUGCAUCCCGUUGGUUAGUCGUAUGUUGGUCUCGCUUGCAUGAAUGAAAGUGACAUGGCAGCAUAUUUGAUUAGUACACCAGCAGCCUCCUUUUUUCUGAAGACGACGAUCAUAAGACAGAAAUCAUGAUUCAAUUAUGACCUUGGAUCUCUCAGCGUGUUGGUUGAAUGUGGCUUUGAGACAGCUAUAAAUUCUUGUCACGUUGCGAUGGCACACAAGAUGCACGGCUAGCAGUCAGACAAGUUGCGUAUGCUAUAUAUUCCGUUCGCGGAGACGCGAAGCUGUUCCUAAAGACUAGUGUGAGUUUUCUAAGCCAGGAACUCGGGUUUUUUGUGCACAAUUUGCCCCGUUUGCUGUAUCAUUUGCCCAUGUGGAGCAGUCGAAUUGCUCUUGAAUUCCGCUACAUU